AACAAUGUAAGAAGAACAAAAUUGAGCAAUUGCGGGAUAAUACAAAUGAAACAUUUAAGCUUUUUCCCCUGUGAUAUAGUAUGUGAGAAUUGUGAUACAGUACUAAUGUACUAUACAAAAAGCUGUAAAUUUGAUCGAUAGAUAUUGAAGAUGCCUAUGAGGUUCAAUGAGGAAGUAGAGCUUCUUCACUCUUACCCAAUGGGAGAAUUCCCUACACAGACUGUCGAGUCAAAUGGAAAGCUAUACAUCUUCUCGACAAACCCAAUCUGUUUUUAUGGCGGGAAAAAAAGAGAAAGCAUUUUUGUGGAAUUUCACUAGGUUUUUGCACUGUGAAUCGUCAGCAAUCGGCCAAAAUUCCUCUUCUCUCCGACCAAUAGAAACCAGAAUUUCUGGGCAGGAAAUUGUAUCGAAGAAGAAGUAGAAUAAGAAAGUUUCACAUAUGGAGUCUUAAAUCAUGGAAUCGAUAGUCUCAAUAUAAUUUCAAGUGCGAAAUCUUAACUCUUCGAAUAUUAUUAUUUGGUGUUGCAGGUGAAGUUUCACAUAGAAGUUCAAGCUGGAAAUUCACGAAAGGUGGUAGCUGUGAUUGCAGUCAAGAGGUUGGAAGCAACUUGGAUCAUUCUAGAUAGGGAAAUGAAAAAGGAGAAGAGGUAUUUUAUGGAGAAGCUAUCAUGUGGGAUAUCAAAAUUGAGAAGUGACAACUCCAUAGAAGAUGUAAGAGUGCCACUAACAUUAAUGGAGAACACCAAGGUCUCCCUUACCAGAAGUAAAUUUUCUUAUGAUGAAAUGAUUCCAGGCGACGAUGACUCAUCAGAUGAACUUACUUUGCAAAAAGACUCGAAAGUUAUUUCUCAUGUGAGAACCUCAAGCAAAGAACAAGCAAGCAGUAUUAUGGGAAAGUCCUCCGCCGAGUUUUGUGAAAACUUGGUAAAAAUAUCUUCAGCAAGUGACCUAGUAGAUUCAAGUUCAAGCUUGGAAAAUCCUAAUAGCUCCUCAAGUUCUCACCAGAAAGCAAAAACAACCGAAAACUCACCUUCCCGCGUCUCCAAUGACCAAACCCAAAAGCAUCAAACUGUUAAAGACAAAGAAAAAGUGGAGAUGAUUAUUGAUCAAUAUUUUUGUGGUGCAAUAUUCAAAAAACCUGAAUGUUCAACAUGUGGGAACAAAAGGCCAAAGAUGGGAUGGCAUAAAGGAUUCAGCUAUAAGGAGCUUGAAGAAGCAACAGAAUGGUUUUCCAAUGAGAACUUUCUAUCGGAAGGUGGAUUUGGUUCUGUCUAUAGAGGGGUUUUAAAGAAUGGGCUAAGAGUUGCUGUGAAGCAGCACAAUGGUAUGAGCCUUCAAGGGGAUAAAGAAUUCAAGUGUGAAGUUGAGGUUCUUAGCAAGGCCAGGCAUCCAAAUUUGGUUAUGUUGUUAGGGUCUUGCUCCGAAGGAAACCAAAAGUUGCUUGUCUAUGAGUAUGUUUGCAAUGGUUCACUAGACCAAUUCUUAUCAGGAGAUAUAAGAACGCCUCGCGAUUGGGAGAGGAGGAUGAAAAUAGCUUUGGGUGCUGCCAGAGGAUUAGAAUAUCUUCAUAAACAUAACAUCAUCCACAGAGAUAUCAGACCUAACAACAUCCUCAUCACACAUGAUCAUGAAUCACUGCUAGGAGAUUUUGGACUUGCAAAAGCUGGGUAUGAUGAAUCACAAAUAUCUUCUGAUAACAAUGUGGUUGGCACUCUUGGAUAUAUGGCACCAGAAUAUGCAGCAAAUGGGAAGUUCUCAACUAAAACAGAUGUUUAUGCUUUUGGGGUUGUCCUGCUGCAGCUGAUCACUGGGCUGAAGACCACAGAUAAUUAUCCUGAAGAUAAAAGUCUUGUUGAAUGGGCAAUGCCACUUUUGGAGCAAAGGAAUUAUCCUCGUCUAAUUGACAAGAGAAUUGUGGAUUCCCAUGAUUUCCAUCAGCUAUUUUGGAUGGUUGAAAUAGCAGAAAAAUGUCUCAAAAAGGAUCCUAAUAAGAGGCAUACUAUGGAAUGGACUCCACUUGUGGGAUUAUACUUGGUAUGUUAUUGUUAUAAGGUGGCUAAAACUUUGAGCCAUAUAAUGGAAGGAAGUACUGAUAAUUCUAUAGACUUCAACCCGAUAGAGUCAAGUUCAUAUGUUCAUAUAGGUGAUAAUAAUAUUAACAAUAGUAGUAAACAAGGGGAUGUCAAAGGCAAGGAAGAUGAUAAGAUCCUUGAAACAAAAGCAACAUCUUCAUGUUCAACUUACAGAAAAUGUUCAUCAAAAAGUUGGAGUCCUUCAUCAUCCAAUACUCAAGAAGGAUAUGAAAGAAGGAAGAUUCAACUCAAAUAUAAAGGACCAUCUCCAAGCAAAGGGAAACUACUUUAUGAAGAGAUGAUUCAUUAAAUUUAUUUCGAUGUGUUUUGUUACAUGUGUAAAGUUAAUUACUUACUAUUAUUUUGUGAUUAGUUAUUUGCUUAAGUGACACCAGUUUUAUAUCA